GCGCACAUACGUCACGGGCGGCCCGUUGGACAGUCGCGGCCGACGGCCGGCGUGGAGGGGUCAGUCUCCAGUCUCCGUGGCGCCGGGACACCUCGCGGAAGCGACCGCAGCCACCAACCACCAACCACCAACCACCAUGGUCGCCAGCGGCGUCACCAAGCAGUAUGCUGCCGCACUGGCCGGCAACCUGGCGGCGAUGAUGAGCGGCAUGGUGAUGAGCUGGUCGUCGCCGGCGCUGGGGAAGCUGGGCCUGUGGAGCUCCGAGGAGGAGUCGUGGGCGGGGUCGCUGGCGGCGCUGGGGGCGGCGUUCGGCCCCUGGGUGGGCGGCUGGGGCGCCGACCGGCUGGGGCGGCGCGGCGUGCUGUUGUGGAGCGCCGUGCCGGCCACGCUGGGCUGGGCCAUGCUCAUGGCGGCCGAGCACCCCGACCUGCCGCACGACGGCAAGAUCGGCCUGCUCUACGCCGCCCGCCUCAUCAGCGGAGCCGCCGUCGGCGUCGUCUACGUCGCGCUGCCCAUGUACAUCGGCGAGAUGUCGCAGCCGAGCAUCCGCGGCGCCCUGGGGACACUGAUGCAGCUGAUCAUCUCGCUGGGGAUGAUGGUGAUGUACGGCGCCGGGCCGUACAUCUCGACGCUGGCUCUGGGCGGCAUCAGCCUGGUGGUGCCGCUGCUGUUCGCGGCGGCCUUCUUCUGGAUGCCCGAGACGCCCUACCAGUUCCUCCAGAAGGACGACGUCGCCGGCGCCGACAAGGCGCUACAGUGGUUCCGCGACGAGGGCGCAGACACUUCCGGGGAGCUCAAAGUCAUGCAGGAAGCGGCGGAGGAGCUGCGGCGGAACAAGGCGUCGAUGGGCGACCUGUUCAAGGUGCGCGGCAACGUGCUGGCGCUCUGCCUGUCCCUGGGGCUGGUGCUGUUCCAGCAGCUGUCGGGCAUCAACGCGGUGCUCUUCUACGGCCAGGACAUCUUCCAGCAGGCCAACACCGGCCUCGGGGCGGAGGUGUCGCAGAUCGUGGUGGGCGCCGUCAUGAUCGUGGCUUCGUGCAUCACGCCGCUCGCCGCAGACCGGCUGGGCCGCAAGCCGCUGCUGCUCAUCUCCGCCGUGGGCAUGGCCAUCGCUGACGUUGCUCUGGGUACAUACUUUUAUGUGCUGGAAUACCAGGAUGCAUCGUCGCUUGGUUGGCUGCCAGUCACGUCGCUCGUCGUCUACAUCUUCGUCUACUCGCCAGGAUUUGGAGCGCUGCCUUGGGCCGUCAUGGGCGAGAUCUUCCCGACGAACGUGAAGGCGCUGGCGUCGUCGCUGACGGCGUCGUUCUGCUGGCUGGUGGCCUUCCUCAUCACCAAGUUCUUCAGCCAGAUCUCGAGCUCGCUGGGCGCCUACACGCCCUUCUGGUUCUUCUCCGUCUGCUGCAUCGCCGCCGCGCUUUUCGUCGUCUUCCUGCUGCCCGAGACUAAGGGCCGCCGGCUCGAGGAGAUCCAGGCCAUCCUCAACAAGCGGUGACCGCCUCACCGGCGCACAGCCCACCUGCCGACACUUCUGUGUCUCGCUGGACGCCUGUCGUACUAUUUUCUGCGUGGCAAGGGUACUCGACAAGCCCAGUCUACAUCACUGGAAAGCCACCACAAAGCUUCUUACGUCGUGGUGCUAUUCGCCCGCGUAACAGCCGAAUAAAGAACAGUAAAGAGGCAAAGUGCUUGCCAGUUAAGCUAAGAUACAUUGGAAACAAGUGCUGUGAUUUUUCUUGUAGCUAUUAAGUUCAUUACGUGUGAAAUUAUUGUUAAUAAAUCGUGCUGGAAUGUU